AUAAGGUAAUUAAUGAACAAUUUCUGGUUGCUUACUGCAGAAGUGGAUGUGGAAUGUGUUGAAAAAUGGAUUGUUCAAAACAAGCGUUAUUAUAAUUCCAUUACCAGCGACGUGCGUUAUAAUGCAAUCCGGAUGUUUUGCGUCGAGUAUAAAUAACUGCCAGCCGCGAGCGUUGGAUCAGUAUCAGUUCCCGAUUCGAAGAUUCCAACGAGAAGAUGAAUUCCGACUACGGCAAAGUUUUGCUGAUGGUGGUGUGCAGCACCUUGCUGGUCAGCGUAACCGGGGCUCCCAACGCUUGCGGCAAGAUGGAUCUGAAGACGGAUCCGUUCGGCUGCUGCGCCCUCCCGAAGUUGCUGGACGUGACCGUCGUAGGCACCUGCUAUGAGAAGUACCCGAUCGAUAAGGAAGCUGCGGAAAAGGGUAUAAGGACGGAGUGCAUGUCGGAGUGCAUCCUGAACAGUACCGGCAUCUACAACCGCCGUGGCGAUGUCGAUGAUAAGAAGCUGCACAGCGUGUUUAUUGACAGCCUGCCGGAGAACAGCCCGUGGUUGAGCCCGGUCCGCAAGGCCAUCAAGCAGUGUUCGACGAAGGCAAACAAGCAGAACAAGGAGUUCGAUAAGGACGUCGCUGAGCAGAAGAAAACCGUCGCUAAGGGAACGCAGGUUUGCAAUCCGGAGGCCAGCUUCUUGGUCGAUUGCAUCCACACCACGGUGUUCAGCGACUGUCCGAGUAGCUUGCGCUCGACCACAGCGGAAUGUGAAGCCAUCUGGAAUUUCCUGAAGGCGUGCCCUUUCAGUGCGCUCCGCCAGUAGGACGACGAGGUCUA